AUGACACAGUUUAAUGGGCCACAUCUUCUGUAUAGCCAGCAAGGAGGCCUCUCCCCGGAGCAGCAAGGCUGCACAGCAAUGGAGAAGUAUAACAGCAACACUCAAUUUGCACCCUUGAGAGAGUCUCCAUUUCCCCUCCGUGGUGCUCUUGGUAGUUCAAGCUCAUAUCUUGAGCAAGCCAGGGGCUACACAUCUUCCCCUCUAGCAGCUGUGCGACCAAAGAUGUCUACUCCUGGAAAUCGACUCCUGCACACGAGCCGCCCCCUAUCGUCUCCUGUAGCAAACCGCCCGCUGUCGCCCCAUCUUCCUCUGAAGAAGCCACAGUUCAGCGCUACUUUCUCUAUCUCGCACCGUAUCUUUGGUGUCGCAUUGGGAGUUGCCAUAAUAUCCGUCCCUCUCGCCACCAAGUUCAGCCUGAUGUUUGGUGUUUGA